AAUCCACCAUGUCACGUUCAUCCGUCUACUCAGAUGACAGCCGCUCAUCGGCAUGGACGACUACUUAUACCCGGAUACCCAAGAAACAGCCCAAGGCUCUCCGCUUUCUCUCAUGGGUAGCUGGAGCACCACCUGGAGCUACAGCUGUCAAGAAGAGAACAAGAGACUACCGUGAUGACCGUUCAGUCAGUUCCGGUGGCUCGACGUUCUCUAACUGGGAUCAGUCCGACACACAACUUUCCUGGGUUGUUCAUCCCAAUAGCUACUACUACAGCGGUAGCAGCAGGGGUAGCACCAGCAGUGGACAUAGUAAGCGAAGUGGACGGAGUCACAAGAGCGGAGGUGGCUCCCGUAAGCACUUUGACGGAGCCGUUCCCCGGCCGGUGGUUCAGCCGAUGAACAUGAACGGCGGCCCCCCACCACAACAUCCACCUCCGCCUCCGAUGGCCCCACCCAUGGACGGAGGCUACGACGGAGGUCCAGGUUAUGAUGCCGGCUACGGCGAUGGUAUCUAUGAUGAAGGCUAUGAUCCCAAUUUCGGUGGUGGUCCUCCUCCUGCCCCGAUGAUGGGCGGGUACGGUGGCCCUCCUCCUCCUCACAUGCCUCCGCCACCUCCCAUGCAUCCCCAAAUGCCUGGCGGAAUGCCCGGCGGAGCUCCUUUUAUCGACUUGACUGGCCAGAAUCACCCAGGAGGUAGAGGAGGUCCUUCUUCAGAAUCAGACGGUUGGAGUUCUGAGGAAGAUUAA